GGUUACAAGUCAACUAUUACCAACUUACCUAUCAUUUUCAACUAUCCAUCCACAUGUUGGUGAAAUCCCCUAUAUUUGUUGUUUAAAUCAUGUUCAAUACUCAUUUUUGUUGAUGAAAUCCUUCGUUUUUAUUGGUUAAAUACCUGUUGUUGGUGAAAUCCCUACCAUAACGAGAGGUGCAUGUUGUCAUGUCGCCAUGUCGGGUGUCGCCAGGUUGAGCUCAGUGCGCUGGUGGUGCCGCUGCGAAGUGCUGCGAAGCGACCUGACCGAGGCGUUGAGACAUUUGAUCUUCGCCAACUUAGCACAGCCUGGAGUGGCUCAUCCUUCCAAGAACCUGGCCAAGAGCUUCUGCGACCUCUUGGAGGCCACAGAUAUACAAGGUAGUCCCUACCUUGCCGAGGAGCACCUGGGAUCGAAGCAGCACAGUGGAACCAAUCCCAUGCCGCUGGAUGAGUGGGAAAAAAGUGGGUGGAUGGCUCCCUUUCAAGGCUAG